AUGCCCCUGCACUUUUUCCUCGGAAUACGUCCACGCACGAGGAACGCUCGUUAUUAUCGUCAUGAUCCGAGAAUUAACUUGUCGAUAAAUCAAUCUCUGAUUCGUCAGAGGUUUCGGUUUACGGACGACCAGCUUGAUUGGAUAACAGAGCUGCUGAGCCCCCUUCUGAGGGACGAAGACCGACUGCCUUGGGCUAUUAUGGCCGACACUGCCGGAUGCUGCCAAAAGACGGUGGUGUCCAAUAUCAUUGCUCGUGUUGUGGAUGCCUUGGCGCAUCCCGACAUCGUGCAACAGUUCAUAAAGUUCAAGCCCGAGGACGAGCAGUGGUGCACGUUCCGAUCCAAUGAGUUUGCAAGGACCGGGAGGAUGUCCAAUGUGAUCGGAGCCGUGGAUGGCACACUGGUCCGGAUAAGGACUCCGGCUGUUGACGGUUACCAGUACGUAUGCAGGAAAGGAACAUCUUGCCUCAACGUCUGCUUCAUCGCAGACGCUGUUGGCCGUGUCCUGUACGUCAACGCCGGGUCCCCCGGAUCACUGCACGAUUCCGGUAUUUGGCGUAAUUCCUCCCCUGCGGCGGUCUUCAACAGUGGAGCAGCCGUCACAGGUUAUCGCCUUCUUCGGUGA